AAGCCCCCCUGCGUGCGUUACGUCGCGUGAGGCAGCUCCGGCCAGGGUCGCUUCGGCGUUUCUCCCCGCCCCGCAGUCAUGGCGGCGGAGCAGGAGGCCUUGAAGGGCGGCGGUGGCAGCGUCCGCAACCGGGGGGGCGUCCAGCGCGUCGAGGGGAAGCUCCGCGCCAGCGUGGAGAAGGGAGACUACUACGAGGCGCACCAGAUGUACCGGACGCUGUUCUUCAGGUACAUGUCACAGGGCAAACACGUGGAAGCCAGGGAGCUUAUGUAUUCAGGUGCUCUGCUGUUCUUCAGUCAUAAUCAACAAAACAGUGCUGCUGAUCUAUCCAUGCUAGUUCUUGAGUCUUUGGAGAAAUCAGAUGCAAAAGUAACAGAUGAGCUAUUAGAGAACCUGGCAAAAAUGUUCAGUCUGAUGGAUCAAAACUCACCUGAAAGAGUAGCUUUUGUGUCCAGAGCACUCAAGUGGUCCAGCGGUGGAUCAGGGAAGCUGGGACAUCCAAAAUUACACCAGUUGCUGGCUAUCACGUUAUGGAAAGAGCAGAACUAUUGUGAAUCUCGCUAUCACUUCCUGCACUCCACAGAUGGAGAAGGUUGUGCAAAUAUGUUGGUAGAAUAUUCCUCAGCCAAGGGAUAUCGCAGUGAAGUGGACAUGUUUGUGGCUCAAGCUGUGUUACAAUUCCUCUGCUUGAAAAACAAAACGAGCGCAUUGGUGGUUUUUACGACAUACACACAGAAGCAUCCUUCCAUAGAAAGUGGACCACCCUUUGUACAGCCCUUGCUUAACUUCAUUUGGUUUCUGCUGCUGGCGGUUGACGGAGGAAAGCUGACCGUAUUUACAGUAUUGUGUGAACAAUAUCAGCCUUCCCUGAAACGGGAUCCCAUGUAUAAUGAAUACCUAGACAGAAUAGGACAGCUCUUCUUUGGUGUCCCCCCCAAACAAACGUCAUCCUAUGGUGGAUUACUAGGCAAUCUUUUAAACAGCCUAAUGGUAGCUGGGGAAGAGGAGGAAACAGAAGACGACCAGCAGGAAGACAGCAGCCCCAUUGAGCUGGAUUGAGCUCUUCCAGAAUCACUCGGAAUCCGACCAUGUGCUCACCCAAAACACCAACACCAACAAAAAAAAAAGACAUUGGGAACGAAUCCUGCAGUCGUUUCUCAACAGGUUAAAGGGCCCCUCUGUUAUGUUUAAAAGAAGAAGGUUGCUGAGAUGUUCAUAAUGUUUUGGUCUAUAUUAUUUAUGUAAAAAACAAUGGGCUGGGGUAACCAGGAGAACUGAUUUUGUGUGAUCAUUAGCGGACCCUUAGUUGCCGGCAGCGAACUGAAAAGGCGCCUUCUCUACUGUUUUACGAGCAGUAUUUUCUCCUCUCGCAGGCCCACUGAAUAAAACCAGAAACACGCAUUGGUUGCUUUAUAUUUUUAAAGGCUACCGUUUUAUUUCAGCAAAUUAACAGAUUAAGGACUUGAUUGUCAAGGGGUGGGGGGAAAGGUGGGGGGUGUCCUUGAAAAUUCAGGCAUAGCUGCUCAAGAAGGUGUUCUGUAGACCUGGUGCCAAAAAAAAAAAAAAUGAAUUUUGAGAUGAGCCAAAGAAAAUUUGCUACUCAUUGAAAACCCAAGCAGAGAGUACCAAAUUCAUAUCCGUCGUAGAAAAAAUGAUGCCUUUGAGGAAUCUAGGAAGAAGGGGAACAAGAAGUGGCCAGAGCACGAUUUAAGGCAACAAUCCUUUCUAAAAUACAUAAUUUAACUUAAACAUGGAAAGCUUAGUCAAAGGAGAAUGCCCAGUGGCCCUUUAUGGACUACACCUAAAAUCCCUCUCUUCUCCUAAAGAGACGAUUUAUUUGUCUGAACAUCCAGCAAUCUCACAGCAGCCCUGCCCAAGCCGCUACAUUUUGGCUGAUGAAGAAAGACAUGUUACAAGCAGAGCGAUCCUUAGGUGAAGGGGGUGCUGUGGACCUUUGGGUUCUUAUCAUUAUUUAUUUUGAUGGGAUGAUUUAUUGAUCCAUUUUAACACUUCAUGUACAAAUAAAGAACAAAAUUACCAGUAGCUAAAAACCACUCACUAGGCUUUGCGUAACACUGCAUCUCGUCUCCGUUAAUGCACACAACACCAGAAAUUAGCCGUAUGAUUAAAAGAUGAAAUGGAGGAGGGAACACUUUAUUUUUUCACAUUAAAAAAAAAAAGGCUUAGAUUAAUACGGUGAUCAUGCAUGAAAGGGGAAUAAUACAUUUUUAUUUACUGUAAAAAAAAAAGGAUGACUUUGUGUUAAUUGUUGAGUAUAAAAUAAAUACUUUAUACUGGGAUGUCUGCUGCUCUUA